AUGAAAGCAUUCGUCAUAUCCAAAUAUGGUACCAAACCACUUUGGUAAUAGGUUCUUAAACCAUCACUAUUAUCACACUAAGUUCUUAUUAAGGUGAGAUAUGCCCCAGUAAAUCCAUCAGAUAUCUAUUACUCCUUAGGUAUCUAUGGAAUCAAGAAGGCUCUCCCAACUUAAUUGGGAAUGGAAGGAGUUGGUGAAGUGGUUGAAGGAAAACACAAAGGUAAAUUGGUAGCAUUUCUGCCUGCAAGAUCAGUGGGAAGUUGGGCAGAGUAUGUUGCUGCAAAUGAAUAUGAUAUUUAUGAAGUGGCAAAUGAAAUCCAAGGCAGUAUGGCCAUAAUUAAUCCAUUCACAGUUCUUGGGUUCCAAGAGAGAGCCAAGUAAUUUAAGAGUAUCUUAUUUUCAUCUGCUCGAUCCUCCACUGCAAUCCAAGGAAUCAAACUAUUUAAAGAAUUGGGAAAGGAUGUUUGGGCUAUUUCAAAGGAGAACAAGGACUAUGUCAAUACGAUAUUGGAUGACGAGAAUCUCCUUUCAAAUAUCCAGAAGAACAUCAAAGAUAAGACUAUAUUCUUUGAUUCAACUUCUGGAGAUAAGGCUGGGUCUAUCUUGACAUCAUUGCCAGGAAACAGUGUUUUGGUGAAUUACGGCUCAUCAACAGCAGCCUACAUAGGGAAGAUCAAUCCCAACUAGUUGAUUUUCAAUGGUAAAUCUGUUGAAGGAUUCUGGAUGCACAACUACUAUACUUCAUUAACAAGAUAAUAAAAGGAGGUUGCCUUUAACUACAUCAACUCUAAAUUAGACACAGUCUUUAAAUCAGACAUAUAUCAGAUUGUUAAACCAUAAGAUAUUUCAGGUGAGGAACUCUACAAACUCCAGUCACAGACUCGUGGACAAGGAAAGAUUCUUUUGGAGUUUAAAUGAAAUAUCAAUAAUAAAUUAAUA